GCGGCCCGAACCGCGUCCCCAUGGUGUCUGUGCGAGGCGGCGCUGAAGGGCCCUGGCGCUGCUGGUCCUGGGCGCCCGGCAGGCCUCUGCCCAGAUCAGGGUCAUGUCGCCGCAGCACCUCGUCGACCAGCUGAAAAACCACGGCAGGAUCGACGGCUCCACCGCCACCUUCGGCGCGCCGUACUUCGGCCAGCGCGUCCUCGGCCGCCUGGCGUACGCCAGCGACGCCAACAGGAAAGCGCAGCACUGCACCAAGGACUACGACCUGGACGCCUGCGGGUCGUCGUCGAGCAUGCCGCAGGAAGGCGAGAAUAAGCUCAUAAACAUAUUCGUGAUCCGCCGUGGCGGCUGCUCUUUCGUGACGAAGGUCAAGAUUGCAGCGGAGAAGUGCGCGCACGCGGUGAUCAUAGUAGACAGGGAGGAUUCGAAUCAGACGGCAGAGGACUUGAAACACAUCAUUGUGGCUGACGAUGGGUACGGAGGUUCGAUAGAGAUCCCGUCGGUGCUCAUCUCCAGGGAGCAGGGCCAGCAUCUGAUCAACUCGCUCGAGAGCAACCAGCAGAUAGUGGCGGAGCUGGCCUGGGACAUACCCACCGACCACGUCGUGAAUGUGGACAUGUGGAUCAGCUCUGCGUCCAGGGAGAGCCUCCGGUUCUUGAAGGAGUUCGCGCCCAAGCGGAGGUUGCUCAACUCGGUGAUCAGCUUCACGCCGCACUACGCCGUCUUUGGCAUGGACCGCACCAACCCUGCGGUCUUCAACGAGCUCUGCACGACCACCGACGGGCAGUACUGCGCGGAGGACCCGGACGGCGCGGGCCCCGUGACGGGGAAGGACGUGCUCGAGGAGGACGUCCGCCAGCUCUGCAUUCACGAGACGUACAAGAAGGUGUCCAACGAUGGCCGCGUCCAGUUCUCCCAGGAGUUCUGGGACUACAUCGAGCACCUCGGGGAAGAGUGCCCGCUGGACGGCCCCCCUGGGGACAACGGCUUCGGCAUGAAAUGCUCCAAGAGGCUCAUGAGGAAGUUCGGUAUCAACACUGACACAAUCGAUGAGUGCGCGAUCCGAAGCAAGGAGGCCAAGCUGAAGGAUCAGCGGGAGCACCCCGCCUGGUCCCCGCGGGCCCUGCGCAUCAACGGUGUCAAGGGUGGGGUCACCUUCGGCGAGAUGUUCUCCUGGCUGGGCAUCACCCUGCUGGUGGCAUUCGCGGCCCUGCUGCUGUACAAGCGCUACCUGAAGAAGGAGAUGCGGGCGCGCGAGCGGCUGCAGGUGCGGCAGCAGCGCCUCCUGCUGGACCAGCACGACGGCAGCCAGGUGCCGCUCGCUCUCGUGCAUGAGCCAGCGCGUGGAGCCAAGGCCUGGUGGAGCUGGCAUGAGCAGUGCAGCAGGGAGAUCGUGCCCACCAGGACUUGGGACUGGGCCACAGGAGCAGCAGAGGUGGCAGACCCUGAGGAGGACAAGCUGGCGCAGCUCAUCGGCCUCCUGCGGCUCUCCAGGGAUGGCGAGGGGACGCCGGCAUGCCAGCUGCAACUGGGCCAGCUGCGCGGGGCCGGGCGCGCUGCCCCAGCGUCGGUGGACGCGGCCAAACCAGUCACAGGCGGGGCCGCGGCCGAGCUGCAGGAGGCUGCGGGCCAGGUGGAGCACCUGCAGGACGUCGAGCUCGACGACAGGCCCUUCGGGCUCGAGGCUUUGGAGGAGCUGGAGGGAUGCGAGAUCAAGGAGUCUGACAAGGAGGAGGCGGCAAACAGGAAUCGGGCACUCCAGCAGACGUUCAGGGAGCUGGCCACGACAGCGUGCGGCCAGCUCGCUACGGAGGCGCCCAAGCCCCAGCGCCAGCAAAAGGCAUUCGCAGAGCACGCCCCCCCCCAGAAGGAGCGCACGACCGAGGCGGACGGCCAGACUCAGGAGGGCGUCUCCGACGUCUUCGCGGACCCGGCCGUGUCGGUGCUGAUCAUGGGCAGUCUGAUGAGACAGAGGAGCGAGCUCAAUUUCGGGCACGGUCGUGGGCCCUGCAGCUCGGGCUCCGGUCGGUCCUGGGACCAGGGGGUGAAGGUCGGCAUCGGCUGUAGGGCAACGGUCUCAGUUGUGGCCAGGCUGCCAGCGUCCGCCAAUGAGGCCCAGGUGCGCUGCCACUGGUGGUCCUCAGUGGCCGACAGGCUCGAUGGAGGUCGCUUCGUGAAGGUGGUAGCCCACCAGAGUGAGGCGGUCGUGAGGGAAGGUAGGAUCACGCAUGCACAGUUGCGUGACAAUGGCAACGCGGAUAUGCUGGUCAAGAUCGGGGCCGAGCCUUUGUGA